AUUCUUUUUCAUUUUCCCUUCAUUGUUUCUGCCUCAACAAACACACACAUUUUUGCAGACAGUGAAAUAGAGUUCCUAAAACCUUAAAAUCCACGAAGAUCAGACACCAUGUAUAGAGCUGCUCUUUCCCGUUUCAGGGCACUCAAGUCACUUACAGAGAAAUGAUUUUCGAACAUUUAUGAAUAGGGUCGCACUGGUAAUUUGGCAGCUGCUCGAUUCACCACUUCAAGUGCUGUUGCUCCUUUGGAUACACCGUUAGACGGCAUUUCCCUUCCGCCCUCAUUACCUGAUUACGUCGCACCCAGUGAAACUAAGGUUAAAACCCUUUCCAAUGGUGUGAGAAUCGCCUCGGAGCAAUUACCGACUCCUGCUGCCUCGGUUGGCGUAUUUGUUAAUUGUGGUUCCAUUUACGAAACACCAAUAUCAUCUGGUGCCUCCCACUUGCUUGAGCGAAUGGCAUUCAAGAGCACUAACCGCAGCCACUUGCGCGUCGUUAGGGAAGUUGAGGCAAUUGGAGGUAACACAUCGGCCUCGGCCUCGAGGGAGUGCAUGACAUACACGGUUGAUGCCCUUAAGACCUAUGUUCCUGAAAUGGUAGAAUUGCUUAUUGACUGUGUGCGAAAUCCCGCUUUUAUGGAUUGGGAAGUUAAUGAAGAGGUGCAAAAGAUUAAAGCUGAGUUGGAGGAAGUUUUGAAAAACCCUGAGCGCUUAAUUUUGGAGGCAGUUCACUCCACUGGUUACUCUGGUCCACUGGCCAAUCCUCUCUUGGCUUCCGAAACAGCAAUAGACGGAUUGGACAGCAGCAUUUUGGAAGAAUUCGUUACUGAGAACUAUAAGGGGAAUAGAAUUGUCGUGGCAGCAUCUGGCAUUGAAAAUGAAGAGCUUCUUCAGAUUGCUGAGCCACUUCUGUCCGACCUCCCAGUCGGACCCCAACCGAAAGAGCCAAAAUCUGUUUAUGUUGGUGGCGAUUUCCGUCGUCGAUCUGAUUCACCGAGUACCCAUUUUGCUCUUGCUUUUGAAGUAACUGGUGGCUGGAAUAACGAGAAAGACUCUGUCACUUUGACUGUAAUGCAGAUGCUUAUGGGAGGAGGUAGCUCAUUUUCAGCUGGGGGUCCUGGGAAAGGGAUGCACUCUCGGCUAUAUCUCCGUGUAUUGAAUGAGUAUCAGCAGAUGCAUUCUUUCUCUGCAUUCAACAGCAUCUUCAAUAACACGGGAUUGUUCGGCAUCUAUGGCAGCACAAGCUCUGAUUUUGUUUCGAAAGCAGUCGACAUAGCAGCCGAAGAAUUGAUUUUGUUGGCAACAGAAGGAUCUGUUUCUCGGCUAAUGAUAAAACGUGCUCAAGAGGCUACAAAAUCGGCAGUACUGAUGAAUCUAGAAUCUAGAAUGAUUGUGGCUGAAGACAUCGGAAGGCAGAUUUUGACUUACGGAGAACGGAAAUCUGUACAUUCGUUCUUAAAGAUGGUGGACGAAGUCGAGCUGCAGGAUAUUACCAAUAUGGCUAAGAAGAUUAUAUCCUCACCUCUAACCAUGGCAUCUUUCGGCGAAGUCUUACAAGUCCCUAACUACGAAUCUGUUAGCCGCAAGUUUCAUGCAAAAUGAGUGCACCACAAACUCUCAGCCGGAGAUGGAGCUUACGAUGGCAGCAGCAACCAUAGCAGCCACACCCCCACACAGCUCACAGCGAUCUACUUAUACAUUUGUUUAUUUCACUUUCUGACUUUGACAGCAGCCAGUGAGAUUUUAGUUGGCCGACUUGGUUUUGAACUUGGAUUUUCGAGUUGAGAGUCCUAUCAAGUAUCAACAUUGGACUUAAUAAUUCAAUCAAACCAACUCAAUUUAGACUUACAA